CUGGGACCAUGGAGCUCAGCAUGCUCCUCCUCCUUGUUCUCCUCAUGGGACUCUUGCUUCUCCUGGUCAGGGGCCACCCAAAAGCCUACGGCCGCCUCCCACCAGGACCCCGUCCUCUGCCCUUCUUGGGGAACCUUCUGCAGAUGGACAGAAGAGGCCUACUCAAAUCCUUCAUAAAGCUUCAAGAGAAAUAUGGGGAUGUCUUCACGGUGUACCUGGGGCCAAGGCCUACAAUCAUGCUGUGGGGGACAGAGGUCAUCCGGGAGGCCCUGGUGGACCAAGCUGAAGCAUUCUCUGGCCGGGGGAAAAUCGCUGUCGUUGACCAAGUCUUCCAGGGAUAUGGUGUGAUCUUUGCCAAUGGAGAACGUUGGAAGACCCUUCGACGAUUCUCCCUGGCCACCAUGAGGGACUUCGGGAUGGGAAAGCGGAGUGUGGAGGAGCGGAUUCAGGAGGAGGCUCAGUUUCUGAUGGAGGAGCUGCGGAAUACCAAGGCCCUACUCCUCUGGACCCAGGAGAAGUCUGACCCCAACACCGAGUUCCACCAGCAAAACCUCAUCAUCACUGUGCUCUCACUCUUCUUCGCUGGCACUGAGACCACUAGCACGACUCUCCGCUAUGGAUUCCUGCUCAUGCUCAAAUACCCCCACAUCACAGAGAGAGUCCACAAGGAGAUUGAUCUGGUGAUUGGCUCACAACGCCCUCCAGCCCUUGAUGACCGCACCAAAAUGCCAUACACUGAUGCAGUCAUCCAUGAAAUUCAGAGAUUCUCAGACCUCCUUCCCCUUGGGGUGCCCCACGUUGUCACCAACGACACUCACUUCCGAGGGUACAUCAUCCCCAAGGGCACUGAAGUAUAUCCCAUCCUGAGCUCUGCUCUCCAUGACCCACGUUACUUUGAGAAACCAGACGCCUUCAACCCUGACCGCUUUCUGGAUGCCAGUGGGGCACUGAAGAAGAAUGAAGCUUUUAUCCCCUUCUCCACAGGGAAACGCACUUGUCUUGGAGAAGGCAUCGCUCGCACCGAAUUAUUCCUCUUCUUCACCACCAUCCUUCAGAACUUCUCUGUGGCCAGCCCUGUGGCCCCUGAAGACAUUGACCUCACACCCCGGGAAAGUGGUGUGGGCAAAUUACCCCCAAUAUACCAGAUCAGCUUCCUGCCCCGUCGAGGGGGCUAAGGAAGGGGAUUGAAGGAUUCCAGGGUCAUGAAGUAUCCUCACCUCUGCAGAGAAUGGUCCAUGACUUUCUUCGUGUCUCCCUCCCUCGGAGAGAACCACUGCAAGUCUCCAUCCCUCCCCCUUCUUAUUUGCCACCUCAACGGGAAACUCUUUUCUUUAGUCUUACCUCUUCCCAUCGUGCCACACAUCUUCUAAAGACUUAAGGAGAUGUUUUCAUUUCCUCUGUUAAUAGAAUGCCAGAAGCAGUGUAUAUAUAGAAAUGGGAGCUAAAAGGGGAAACUUGGCUCAGGAUCUCUGCAGUCCACCUCCUCGGCCACAGGUCACUCUCAGUGACUUCUCCCUUCCUCAGAACAGCUAAUCCUCCACUAAUCAACUCCUUGUGCUCCACGACCCGUGCCUACCUGCCCACACUAAAAUCCUCUUCCCAUUAGCCCCUUUGGUGGGUACAAUGACCAUGCCCAUUUUACAGAUGAGUCAACAGAGGGUGGACAGUGGCAUCAGUUGUCUGAGGUCUUUCUGAUGUCACAUGGCUAGUGACUGGAGGAGCACAAUUCUCAUUCUAUCUGCCUGGCUCUAGAAUUCAAACUCUUCACCGCAGCUCCUUCUCCCUAAAUAUAUGUUUUUAAAUUAAGAUGAAAUUGACAUAGCAUAAAAUUAACCAUUUUAAAGUGUAUAAUUAAGUGGCACUUGGUUCAUUCACAAUGUUGUGCAGGCACCACCACUAUCUAGCUCCAAACAUUUUCAUCACCCAGGAUAAAAUCCCAUUCCAGUUAGCAGUCACUCCUCAUCCCCCCUUC